AUGCAUUUCAAUUGCCAUUCGCUGUUGUUCAUUUUAGCCUUUGUGUGUUUAGCUAACCAAUGUUCAGCAGGUAAUUAAGAGACUAAACUGGCUUAAAAUUGCAUUUCAGGCUUAAUGAGACACUCUAUGCUUAAACAUAAAGUUAGAGCUUAAAAAUGAAUUUUAGGCUUAAAAAAAUAAAAUCCACGCGUCUUUAAACUCUACUUGUCAAUGUAUUUUAGCUACACUAAAACCUUCACUUCCAGUGGCAGAGAAGGUUAAGACAGGUAAUUCCACUAUUGGCAACCUUCGCGACAAUGGAAGUGGAUCAAUGUGCUUAACAACAGUCGACUGUUUCUACAGUUGUGACCACUUUGGAUGGUGCUAUUGGUUUGCGUGUGUCUGUUAUUAA